AUGAAUGCCAAAAUCCUGACUCUGAUACCAAAUGUACUUUCAACUCAGUUUUUCUCAUCUCAACAACAAAAGAAAUCCGUUCUGAGUCUGCGCACCUUCAGAGCUAUUGGGCAACGCCAGUCGAAGAAUCCAACGCCUUCCCUGUCACGCGCGGGUCGCAGAUCGAUUUACCGACAAUUUAGAAGCAUUGAUGCCAGAGGUUGCCCAUUAAAACCGGAGCACAUCACAAUUCAGAAAAUGAAUUACAACUUCAGGAGAGCAUCUUCUACAUCCCCAAAGUCAGAUAUUCCACUCUGGAGGAAAGGACAAAUAUCAGAGUUGCCUAGAAAUCAAGUCUCCCUGCACACAACUAAUCUCAAUGAGAAAGCAUAUAUAAUACAGAGAGCUUGGCUUUCUUACUUGGAUAGAGGAAUAUUCCAACUUCUAAAGCACACCAUUUGUGCCGUGGAACAUUAUGUGUCAUAUGAAAUAUUGAAGAAAGUGAGCCCCUCCGAAGGUGAGCUUCUUAAAGAUCCUAGUAUGAAGUACAAAGUUAGAUUCAGAUUUGGUGGUGAAACCUUUCCACCUUACAUUGUAUUUAAAGUCUUCCUGCAUACUGAUGGCCAUGGUUACAAGUAUUUCUGUGGGAGAAAUAUAUUGAAGUCUUCAACUGAGGCAAUAGCUGACACUUACAAACUUUUGGGGAAAAACAAGUUUUACAAUCAAAUGAUGGAGGAUCAGCGUUUUAAUGAGAAAUUUAAAAUCAGUGAUGAAAUGGAUGUGAUCACCAUGAAAGAUUAUGUACAAUAUUCUAGUCUUUUAGAUAAGAUUCCCGCAUCAUCUGGUGGCAGGAAUAACCAUUGGCGCAGAUUAAAUCUCAAAAACAUCCCUAGGACAAUGAUGAUCUAUGACAUAAUUGAUUUUGUACAAUCUGGGGCACUUUCAAAACGUCUCCAAAAAGAAAUGAAAUUUCUGAAACAGAAACCACGUUCAGAAGAAAUGCAGCAGAAUCAGCUGCAGCUUAUUACUGAAGUGAGAAUCAGUCAACCAACAAUUCAUAUACAACAGCCUGCAAAACAAGAAGGCAAAGAAGUGAAAUACCUGGGUCGUCGAUCUAAGCAAGCGCAAACUAAAGUUGAAAGAAUGAAAAGAGCUUACGAAACACCUACAAAGAAAGCUGUGACGGUGAAACCGGAAGAUGCACCAACUUCUACACAAAAUAAACUGAUCUUCUCUUCUCCAUCAUUUGACCUUCUGAAAAUUGAACCAUCACCAGAGUCCAGUGAUGAGGAGGACUUUGAAAAGGAAGAACAGGAAGUAUUCAGCUGGUACAAUGACUUGGUCAUUAGUAACAUAUUAGAUGCCCCUAAUUAA